UGCGGUGGCACCAAGAGUGAGCACGAUUUUAUAACACUUCUUAAAACAAAUAACAAAAAUGGGAAAAGAUAAGGAAAAGAUCCACAUCAACAUUGUUGUCAUUGGCCACGUCGAUUCCGGUAAAUCAACCACCACCGGUCAUCUUAUCUACAAAUGUGGUGGUAUCGACAAAAGAACCAUCGAAAAAUUCGAGAAAGAAGCCAACGAGAUGGGUAAAGGUUCUUUCAAAUACGCCUGGGUAUUGGACAAACUAAAGGCUGAGAGAGAACGAGGUAUCACCAUUGAUAUUGCUCUCUGGAAAUUUCAGACCGCUAAAUACUAUGUGACUAUUAUUGACGCUCCUGGACACAGAGAUUUUAUUAAGAACAUGAUCACUGGCACAUCACAGGCUGAUUGUGCCGUAUUGAUCGUAGCUGCUGGUACUGGCGAGUUCGAAGCUGGUAUUUCCAAAGAGGGUCAGACCCGAGAGCACGCCUUAUUGGCCUUCACCCUGGGUGUCAAACAAUUGAUCAUUGGUGUCAACAAAAUGGACAGCACAGAACCUCCUUACUCAGAGUCUAGAUUUGAUGAAAUCUGUAAAGAAGUCUCUGGAUACAUCAAGAAGAUUGGUUACAAUCCAAAAGCUGUUGCCUUCGUGCCAAUUUCUGGUUUCCAUGGUGACAACAUGUUGGAAAAAUCUCAGAAGAUGUCGUGGUACAAGGGCUGGAAAAUUGAACAAAAAGACGAAAAGGGCAACAUGCAAAACGUAUCUGGCGAUACUUUAACUGACGCCUUGGACAGCAUCCAACCACCCAAAAGACCCACCGACAAACCCCUUCGACUUCCACUUCAAGACGUCUACAAAAUUGGAGGUAUUGGAACAGUGCCUGUGGGUCGAGUAGAAACCGGAAUCAUUAAGCCCAGCAUGGUGGUUACAUUCGCUCCAGCUGGAGUCACCACAGAGUGCAAAUCAGUUGAGAUGCAUCACGAGUCUUUGACCGAGGGUGUACCCGGAGACAAUGUCGGAUUCAACAUAAAAAACGUAUCUGUUAAAGAUAUCAAGCGAGGAAUGGUUGCAGGUGAUAGCAAGAAUGACCCACCCAAGGGUGCCAAGAGCUUUUUAGCACAGGUCAUUAUCUUGAAUCAUCCAGGAGAGAUCCACGCUGGUUAUUCUCCAGUCUUGGAUUGUCAUACAGCACAUAUCGCCUGUAAAUUUGCUGAACUUGUUGAAAAGAUCGAUCGUCGAUCAGGAAAGAAGCUUGAAGAUGCUCCAAAAAUGGUCAAAUCUGGAGACGCUGCUAUCGUCAACCUUAUUCCAAGCAAACCCAUGUGUGUUGAAGCUUUCACUGAUUACGCCCCCUUGGGUAGAUUCGCUGUACGGGACAUGAAACAAACCGUAGCCGUUGGGGUCAUCAAAGCCGUAGACAAAUCGGAAGCUGGUGGUAAAGUCACCAAAUCUGCUCAAAAGGCGACAAAGAAAAAGUGAUUAGUCGGCAAUUCAAAACAUUUUCAUCCAUCUCCUAUUUUUCAAACCAUUUUGAGGGUUUCGUUAGUUAAGCUAUCUUGGCCAACUUGGCUUGUUCAAUCUAAAAUACACAGGAAAGAAUUUCGUAGACGGAGAAGCCUUGUCGUCUAAUUGUGUAGUUUUAGAAUAAAUUCUCCCCCCCAAAAAAAAAA